ACCUGCCGCCGGGCCCGCUAGCCUUCGUGGAGCUGCUGAACUCGGGCCUGCAGCGGCUGGACGAGCGCGGACUGCGCGGCACCCGCGUCCAGACGCUCCGUCUCAUGAGCAACCGCAUCACCUGGAUCGACCCGGGCGCCUUCAGGUCCGUGGGUCGCACGCUCAGCUCGCUCGACCUCAGCUUCAACCAGCUCUACUCACUGCCGUCAGAGUUAUUCCACUCAAUGACCAACGUGACUUUCAUCAAUCUGUACGGCAACAUGCUGCACGAGCUGCGGCCAGCCGACUGGCGCUGGUUGCGCCGCUCGCUCAGCCAGGCGUUCCUCGGCGAGAACGAGCUGCGCCGGCUCGCGCCGGGCACGUUCGGCGCGUUCGAGCGGCUCGUCUCGCUGAACCUGGACAGCAACCUGCUGCGGCAGCUGCCGGCCAGCGCGCUGCCUGCUGGCCUCCAGGUGCUCACAGCCAACAACAACCAGCUGCAGCAGCUGCCCGUCGACGCCCUCCGCAAGCUGCACCGGCUCAACCGGCUCCAACUCAGAGGUAAUGCGAUCAGCCGGCUGCCAUCCGAGUCGGUGGGCGCGCCGCGCCGCCUCGUGGAGCUGCACCUCUCACAGAACCGGCUGGAGGAGCUGCCCGGGCGCCUCUUCAACGGCUCCGUGCGGCUGCGUGACCUGCACCUGCAGUACAACCUGCUGACCAGACUGCGGCGCGCCGCCUUCGCCGGCCUCCACCUCACCAGGCUCUUCCUGGCACACAACCGCGUCAGCUGGAUCGAUGACGACGCCUUCCAUGGGGUGCGUGACUGGGGAGGCGGAUGA